UCUGGUUCUCAGGUUACACGGACGAUUUGCUAGUUUAGCAUAACAGCUAAAUCUAGCAGCUAAUCUCCAGUAGAGUGUGUUAUUAAAAUCAAGAAGAAGAUUUAUCCAGCUGUUUUGGACCUGACCAUUGGAUGAACUUCCCUUCUUACCUGCUGCUGUAGUGUUAUCUGUGUGUGUGGAACAAUGGCCCUCAUCAUUCUUCUUGUGCCAUGUGACUGACCACCUCGGCUGGAACCCAAAAAUGGAGAGAAAACGUAGAAAGAAAUGAAAAUGUAAGCCAUGUGUUACUCAGGCUUCACCAACUUUUUCAUCUGAAGACGGUUAAGUCACCUUUGCUUAUUUUGUGCUAUGUUUAUGCAGUGAUUUAUGAAGCAUAGACACUAUUAGACUCAGUUGGAUGGGCUAUGAACUGAACCAGACUGCAGGCACCAUGGCACCAGUCUGCCUCUUCCUGUUUGUGGCCCUGCUUGUGGGGCGCUUACCACUGGCAGGCUCUGAAGAGGAGGAAAAGACUUCUAGCUCAUCCUCAUCCACCUCCUCUUCUACCACAGAGGGGUUCUUGAGCUCCAACUGCUCUCAGCUCUCACUGAAAGUGGACUUCUCUUCUAAAGUAGUGGAGCAUGAGUAUAUUGUAGCAUUUAAUGGCUACUUCACAAGCAAAGCCCGCAGUCAUUUCAUCAGCAGUGCCCUGCGAAGUGCUGAGGUGGCGAACUGGCGCAUCGUGCAGCGAGAGAACCCAGCAAGUGACUAUCCAAGUGACUUUGAGGUGGUGCAGAUCCGGCAGAAUGCUCGCAACAGCCUACUCACACUGCAGGACCACCCUUAUAUCAAGAGGGUCACACCCCAGCGCAAGGUCUUCCGCACACUCAAACUGCUCAGUGUGGGUGGUGAGACCAGCUCCUCCUGUAACGACACACGCUGGGUGCAAAAGUGGCAGUCAUGGCAGUCGUCUCGGCCAUUGAGGAGGACCAGUCUCUCUCUGAGUUCAGGCUUCUGGCACGCCACAGGCCGCCAUUCCAGUCGCCGCUUGCUCAGAGCCAUUCCCCGCCAUGUAGCGCAGAUUCUACAAGCUGACGUGCUCUGGCAGAUGGGUCACACUGGCUCAGGUGUGAAAGUGGCCGUUUUUGACACUGGACUAAGUGAGAAGCACCCACACUUUAAAAAUGUUAAAGAGAGGACCAACUGGACCAAUGAGAAAACACUGGAUGAUGGCUUAGGCCAUGGCACGUUUGUGGCUGGGGUCAUAGCAAGCAUGAGGGAGUGCCAGGGCUUUGCUCCAGACUCUGAGCUGCACAUCUUCAGAGUAUUCACAAAUAAUCAGGUGUCCUACACAUCGUGGUUCCUGGAUGCAUUUAACUAUGCCAUUCUGAAGAAAAUUGAUGUCUUGAAUCUCAGCAUUGGAGGGCCGGACUUCAUGGACCAUCCGUUUGUGGAUAAGGUUUGGGAGCUUACAGCAAACAGGGUGAUCAUGGUGUCUGCCAUUGGAAAUGAUGGCCCUCUGUAUGGCACUCUGAACAAUCCAGCCGAUCAGAUGGAUGUGAUUGGGGUUGGAGGGAUUGAUUUUGAGGACAACAUCGCAAGGUUCUCCUCCCGGGGCAUGACAACAUGGGAGCUACCGGGUGGCUAUGGCAGGGUAAAGCCUGAUAUUGUGACAUAUGGCUCUGGUGUCCGCGGCUCUGGGAUGAAAGAGGGAUGCCGCUCUCUGUCCGGCACCAGCGUUGCCUCCCCCGUGGUGGCUGGCGCAGUCACGUUGCUUGCCAGUACGGUGUUAAACAGGGAACUGGUAAAUCCAGCCAGUAUGAAGCAGGCUUUGAUUGCAUCAGCACGCAGGCUGCCUGGAGUCAACAUGUUCGAGCAGGGCCAUGGCAAACUGGACCUGCUGAGAGCCUAUCAGAUCCUCAACAGCUACCGACCCCAAGCCAGUCUCAGUCCCAGCUACAUUGACCUGACGGAGUGCCCCUACAUGUGGCCCUACUGUUCCCAGCCCAUCUACUACGGUGGCAUGCCAACCAUAGUCAAUGUCACCAUCCUGAAUGGCAUGGGUGUGACUGGCAGGAUUGUGGACAAGCCAAUCUGGCAGCCCUAUCUGCCUCAGAAUGGGGAUCAUAUAGACGUGGCCGUGUCCUACUCACCUGUGCUGUGGCCCUGGGCUGGCUACCUAGCUGUCUCCAUAUCUGUGGCCAAAAAAGCAGCAUCCUGGGAGGGAAUUGCUCAGGGUCAUGUGAUGCUCACUGUGGCCUCACCUGCAGAGAAUGACUCAUCAGUUGGAGAAAUGACCUCCACAGUGAAGCUCCCAGUGAAGGUGAAGAUCAUUCCCACACCUCCUCGUAGUAAGAGGGUGUUAUGGGACCAGUACCACAACCUGCGCUACCCACCGGGUUACUUUCCUCGAGACAACCUGCGGAUGAAAAACGACCCACUCGACUGGAAUGGAGAUCAUAUCCAUACCAACUUCAGAGACAUGUACCAGCACCUCAGAAGUAUGGGCUACUUUGUGGAAGUUCUAGGCUCACCCAUCACUUGUUUUGAUGCCAGUCAGUACGGGACUCUGUUGAUGGUGGACAGUGAGGAGGAGUACUUUCCUGAGGAGAUCACUAAGCUACGCAGGGACAUAGAUAAUGGCCUGUCACUCAUUAUCUUCAGCGACUGGUACAACACUUCAGUCAUGAGGAAGGUCAAAUUCUACGAUGAAAAUACAAGGCAAUGGUGGAUGCCGGACACAGGGGGCGCCAAUAUACCAGCUCUGAAUGACCUCAUCUCUGUGUGGGGGAUGGCCUUUAGUGAUGGGCUUUAUGAGGGAGACUUCACUAUGGCAGACCACGACAUGUACUACGCCUCAGGCUGUAGUAUUGCACGCUUUCCAGAGGACGGGGUUGUUAUCGCGCAAACCUUAAAAGAUCAAGGACUAGAAGUAUUGAAGCAAGAAACUGCAGUGGUGGACAGUGUUCCUGUGCUGGGACUUUAUCAGACACCCUCAGAGGGUGGAGGACGCAUUGCACUGUAUGGAGACUCCAACUGCAUCGACGACAGUCAUAGACAGAAAGACUGUUUCUGGCUGUUGGAUGCCCUGUUGCAGUAUACAUCCUAUGGCGUGACUCCGCCCAGCCUUCUCCACUCACAGAACAAAGUGACUCCUCCUACAGGCACUGACAAGCCCUUGCCAGAAAGACUAGAGGGAAAUCACCUCUACCGCUACUCCAAAGUUCUAGAGGCUCACCUGGGCGACCCAAAGCCUCGCCCUCUGCCUGCCUGCCCUCACCUCUCCUGGGCAAAACCUCAGCCACUCAAUGAGACGGCUCCCAGUAACCUUUGGAAGCAUCAGAAGCUGCUGUCUGUGGACAUGGACAAGGUGGAGCUGCCCAACGUCAGGGCGUACCGGCCCCAGGUGAGACCCCUGUCCCCGGGGGAGAGUGGAGCCUGGGACAUUCCUGGAGGUAUAAUGCCAGGUCGCUAUAAUCAAGAGGUGGGUCAGACCAUCCCUGUGUUUGCCUUCUUGGGUGCUAUGGUCGUGCUGUCUUUCUUCGUGGUGCAGCUGACCAAGUCCAGGAGCAAACCCAAGCGCAGAAAACCUCGCAUCAAGCGACCACUCUACCUCCAGCAGCAGCAGCAGCAACAGCAGCAGCAGAUGACCCUACACACAGGCAAAACCCCAACUGUGUGACACUGCCUCACACCAAAUCCUUAACAUGCCUGGACUUUUACACGGCGUGUAUGUGUGCCAUUUGUUGGAGACAGAACUGCCAUCUGACACACUCUCCUAAUGAAACUGAAACUGCCGCCCAGACCCCUAAUUGCGGGGUUUGCCUAUGGACAAAAAGAGCCUUUCUCCUGAAGAGCCUUUAAAUCCAAUGACCAAAAUCAUGGACUUUUUUUAAUUUAUUAACGAAGCUCAAUUGAUUAUUUGACCCAAGGUUUUUAUGUCAAACUGAACAACCAAGAAAAAAAGUAACUGUACACAAAAAGGCAUAGCGUUCUCAACAUCCACCUUUUUGAACUUUUCCACAACUUUCAGUUUUUUGUAUCUCCGGUCGAAAUUUGGGAUUUACGUCAAUUGGUCUUUCUGUGUCCUGUUUUUGUUUUUAUAAAAUGGGCUAAUGUUUAUAAUUUUGUAAAUAGAAUCAUGAUUUUCACCUUUGUUGGUGGGGUAUCAUCAACAGUAUGUUAAAAUAUAUCACAUCCAUAAUAAAGCAGCAACUUGUCUCAGCCUUUUUAUUGCAUUAAA